CAGACUGGUUCUCUGGUCAGAAUUACAUAAGCUCCGGAGGAAUCGAAAGCACUUACGAUAUGAAUUCCAAUCUCAUCAUAACAGACUUGGAGGUAAAAGACGUAAGAUUUCCAACCUCUUUGUACCACGAUGGCUCGGACGCUAUGCAUAAAAAUCCUGACUAUUCGUGUGCAUAUGUUAUACUUCAUACCACAGGGGACGUUAAAGGACACGGGUUAACUUUCACACUAGGAAAAGGAACAGAAGUCGUUAUUUCUGGUAUAAAAGCGUUGAGCAGUUAUGUCAUUGGUGAGUCCAUUGGGGUGAUUUUCAAAGAUUUUUCCUCAUACUGGAGGAAACUAACAAGCGACAGCCAACUGAGAUGGAUAGGGCCAGAGAAAGGUGUCAUGCAUUUGGCAACAGCAGCUAUAAUAAAUGCCCUUUGGGACCUGUGGGGAAGGAUUGAGAGUAAACCCGUAUGGAAACUGCUGUCCGACCUCAGCCCAGAGCAGCUUGUGUCUGUCAUUGAUUUUAGAUACAUAACUGAUGUUAUUUCCAAGGAAGAAGCAGUACAAAUGUUGAAAGAUGGUAUGAAAGAGAGGCCGGCAAGAGAAGCCGAAUUAUUAACAAACGGCUACCCUGCAUACACUACUCAAGCUGGUUGGAUUGGUUAUUCGGAUGAGAAGGUACGACACUUGUGUCGCAAAUACCUUGGUAUGGGUUUUGACUCCUUCAAGAUUAAAGUCGGGCAGGAUUUAGAAAGUGAUAAACAUCGUUGCCGCCUUGUUAGGAAUGCUAUAGGUCCAGAUAAAAAUCUAAUGGUCGAUGCUAAUCAAGUCUGGGAUGUGAAUCAGGCUAUAGAAUGGAUGAAAGAGCUCGCCCAAUUCAAACCACUCUGGAUUGAAGAACCGACUUCACCCGAUGACAUCUUAGGCCAUGCGACAAUUGCUAAAGCUUUAAAAGAAUACAAUAUCGGUGUCGCAAGUGGUGAAAUGUGCUGUAAUCGAGUGAUGUUUAAGCAGCUCCUGCAAUCUCAAGCAGUUGAAUUUUGCCAAAUUGAUUCAGCAAGGAUUGGCGGGGUUAAUGAGAUCCUUUCAGUUUAUUUAAUGGCCAAAAAACUUGGAGUCAAGGUCUGCCCGCAUGCUGGAGGAGUUGGUUUGUGUGAAAUGGUUCAGCACCUUCAAUACUGGGACUACAUCUGUCUCUCUGGUACUAAAGACUCACGGUGGAUUGAGUUCGUUGAUCAACAGCACGAGCAUUUCAAAGACCCAGCACUCGUCAUAGACGGCAAUUAUAUUCUGCCUAAGAAACCGGGUUACAGCACUGAAAUGCAUGAAGAAGCACUCAGAUUGCACGAAUUUCCUGUUGGACAAGUCUGGGAAAAAAUUUCUUGUAAAUGUUAACUAGAAAAUGGACUUUCAACCUGAUUCUUCUUAAUCACUCAAUAGUUAGUAAAUUUAUUAUUAAUUCCAAAUUGACUCUCUCUUGAAAGAACUAAAUUUUUAUGCAAAUUAUGUUGUGUGUAAAUCAAUGAAAUAGAGUUACACUGAAAUUAUAACAUUUUUACCUGCGCACAAUUGACACACUCAUGUACAUGCAUUACAUAUAAUACAUUAGAAACAAAGGAGACAAAAUUAGUUGUUAAUUUAUUAGUGAAUGUGCUGAACAUUUUCUUAAUUUUGAUUAUUUAGAAUUAUAGAAUUAAAUCUAACAAUAAAUUAAAUCUUUUAACAUAUUGUAACAUGCUACACAUGCAUGCAAUCGAACACACACCACAAUUAUAUAAGUCAUAGUAUUUAAUUAUAUCGCAACAGCCCAAUUCUAUUAAUUAUCAAAUUAUUAAUGUAAAACACUAGCUUUUGUAUAACCCAGUAUAACAUAGGAAUUGCAGAUAGAUAAAAUUUCAAUUUUUCAAAUUAAAGCAAAAAAUUAAAAUAAAUAAAGGCUGAUACAGGAGUAAAAAAUAACAAAUAUUUCAUAAAAGAAUAUAUUAUCAAAAAAGUAUUUUUAAAUUUAACAAUAUACAUAUAAAUUGCAAACAAAUAAAAAUUUAAAUAGUUUUUACAUUUAUGAAGAUCAUUCAACAAACAAAGCAUAAAAAUAAUUAAUACAUUAGGUAAAAAUGUAAAGUUUCAAAUCUCCCGUAAUUCUAAAAGAAUCACCAGAAAGUAUGUUUGUAAGUAAAAAAAAAUGUCGGUUUCAGUUUUGAGAAUGAGACUUCACUGUUGGUAAAAAAGGUCCAUCUAGCAGAUAUAUUAAAACUAAAGAAAGUAACUAAAGGUUGAAAAAAGUUGUCUACAAAUUUGUAUAUUGAAAUCAGACAAAAUAAAUUCAAUGUAAUGCCUAAA